AUGAUUGUGUUGCAGUCAUUAUUUGUGGUUUACUGCUUGUUUGCCACUUCAAUUCAAGGGUUAUUCCAAGACUUCAACCCCUUCGCAAAUAAAAAUAUUUCCUUGAAGUUUCCCAGCCUAAAUGGUUGGGAAAGAAACAUUAUGACUACUGGUCAACAGACUAUUAUCAAUUCAGAUAGCAUCUAUGAAUGGACCCCAAUCCUGUCGAACAUAACGGGGGGCAAAAAGGACAGUUUUGUAUUUACCAUCGACGCAGAAGCCUCUGGUUAUGGAUUUGCACCCACAUAUGAAGUAUUAAUGUUUAUCAGUGGCAAUAUUUGCCAAAUGCCUGUCAAUAAAUCGGAUGUAGAUUUAACAAUAUACUACUCUUUCAAUGAAACAGUAUUAGAAAAUCCAAAUAUAGGGCAAAAUGCAGUUUUCCAAGAUGGCUACAUUCAAGCAUUGGCCAUUAGUCCGGUACAGUCUUCUAGCUCGAACGCUACCUCCACGUAUUCAAAUCUUUAUGUGGUUGCUGAGCUAGUGAAUUCCACUACAAAACAACCACUAUCCAGUUCUGACGCCUCAGAAAAUUGGGAAUACAGACUGAGUAUCUCUGAGAACGACUUGGUUUUUCAAUGGGAUGUAAGACCUUGGGUAGAGGUUUUAGACACCGAUAUGAACUCUGCAUUACUAUCAACUGGGAAUGUCACCGCUGACGCCAAAGUUUACCACAAUUAUUCAAUAUAUGAUCCAUCCCUGUAUGAUCUAUAUGUUUACUCGUACGAAGAUUCUAUUCAAAUAGACCAAAACUACAAUCUUUCUCUAUGUGCUGUAAAAAAUGGACCGUAUUUAGUGUCUUCCCAAAAUACAUCGAAUGCAACAGUCACAUCAAAUAGUACAAAUCCAUUGGAGCGUACCGACUUGGCCAUUCAAAAAAAAAUUACAGAAUAUGGUGGUAGCGUGACGGAAAUGUUUUACAUAACAGGAUUGAAUGCCUCGACAACUUAUGUAGCGUACCUGGCAAAGAAAAUCAGCAAUGGUGACGGGUUGUCAAGUGUAGGCGGCAUAUUAUUUUCACAUGUAUACUUUACCACAAGAAAUACUGAUGCUUGCUCUUUAAUCUUUGGUUUGGACUUCUGCAGUGACGUCGCUUAUUCUGUUCCUACAUCCUCAUUUUCUGUGGAUAAUAAAACUCUCAUGGCACAGACAUAUGACCACAUUGCGGAAGCACUAUAUGCAAAUUUUAGCAAAGCUCUACAGUUAGUAUCCUGUGACGCAGACGAAGACGCAAGGUAUUCUCCAGUCAUGAGUUGUAAUGAUUGCGCCGAAGCGUAUCGUGAUUGGGUAUGUGCAGUAUCAAUUCCAAGAUGUAGCACGAUAUCUUCUCAAUAUUAUAUUCACAGAGAUAAAUCUCACAAUCGUAAUGAUUAUUUGGACAAAUACAUCAAACCUUUGGAUGACUAUUACGAAAUUCUACCUUGCAUUGACAUGUGUUAUACAUUAGUACGAAACUGCCCGAGUGAUUUUGCAUUUUCCUGUCCGGAUGACGUAACUACGGAAGAUCUUCUUUAUCAAAGUUACAAUUUCUACAUGGACACCGAUUUUUCAACCUGUAAUUAUAUAGGUAACUCAUCCUUGAUGGAAAUUCAUCCUUUGGAUGAUACAUGA